AUGGCUGGUCAGCCCCAGAGUCCCCGGGAGCUCCUCGGAGCUGCAGGGCACCGCAGCAGGAGGCCCAGCACGAACCUCCGGGUCCCGCCCAGUCCAAGUCUCACCGUGGACUCUCAGUAUGAGACGGGCCACAUUCGCAAGCUGCAGGCCCGGCACAUGCAGAUGCAGGAGAAGACUUUCACCAAGUGGAUCAACAACGUCUUCCAGUGCGGCCAGGUGGGCAUCAAGAUCCGGAACCUGUACACAGAGCUGGCUGAUGGCAUCCACCUCCUGCGGCUGCUGGAGCUUAUCUCAGGGGAGGCCCUGCCACCCCCCAGCCGGGGCCGCCUGCGCGUGCACUUCCUGGAGAACAGCAGCCGAGCCCUGGCCUUCCUCAGGGCCAAGGUGCCAAUACCACUCAUCGGGCCAGAGAACAUCGUGGAUGGAGACCAGACACUCAUCCUGGGACUCAUCUGGGUCAUCAUUCUGCGUUUCCAGAUCUCCCAUAUCUCCUUGGACAAGGAGGAGUUCGGGGCCAGUGCAGCCCUGUUGUCCACCAAGGAAGCCCUACUGGUCUGGUGCCAGCGGAAGACAGCCAGCUACACCAACGUGAACAUUACCGAUUUCUCCCGAAGCUGGAGCGAUGGGCUGGGCUUCAAUGCCCUCAUCCAUGCCCACAGGCCAGACCUGUUGGACUAUAGCUCCCUGCGUCCAGACCGCCCACUGCACAACCUUGCCUUUGCUUUCCUGGUGGCUGAGCAGGAGCUGGGCAUCGCUCAGCUGCUGGACCCCGAGGACGUCGCAGCCACACAGCCAGAUGAGCGCUCCAUCAUGACCUACGUCUCCCUCUACUACCACUACUGCUCCCGCCUGCAUCAGGGGCAGACUGUCCAGAGGAGACUCACUAAGAUCCUGCUUCAGCUCCAGGAGACAGAGGCGCUACAGACCCAGUACGAGCAGCUGGUGGCCGACCUGCUAUGCUGGAUUGCAGAGAAGCAGGCGCAGCUGGAGGCGCGGGAUUUCCCAGAUUCGCUGCCCGCCAUGCGGCAGCUACUGGCAGCGUUCACCAUCUUCCGCACCCAGGAGAAGCCACCCCGGCUGCAGCAGCGAGGGGCUGCAGAGGCCCUGCUCUUCCGGCUACAGACAGCACUCCAAGCCCAGAACCGCAGGCUCUUCCUGCCUCCUGAGGGCCUGGGCCUUGCAGAGCUGUCCCAGUGCUGGGCAGGGCUGGAAUGGGCAGAGGCCGCAAGGAGCCAGGCCCUGCAGCAGAGGCUACUGCAGCUGGAGCGGCUAGAAACCCUGGCCCGGCGCUUCCAGCGCAAGGCAGCUCUCCGGGAGAGUUUCCUUAAGGAUGCAGAGCAGGUGCUGGACCAGGCCAGAGCCCUGCCAGCCAGCCUGGCCACGGUGGAGGCAGCCAUCCAGAGGCUGGGCAUGCUGGAAGCUGGCAUCCUGCCCCAGGAGGGGCGCUUCCAGGCCCUGGCUGAGAUUGCAGACAUCCUCCAGCAGGAGCAGUACCACAGCUGGGCAGAUGUGGCCCGCAGGCAGGAGGAAGUUACCCUGCGCUGGCAGAGGCUCCUUCAGCGUCUGCAGGGACAGAGGAAGCAGGUGGCAGACAUGCAGGUUGUGCUGAGCCUGCUGCAGGAGGUGGAGGCUGCCUCCCACCAGCUAGAGGAGCUGCAGGGGCCGGCCAGGUCCACCGCCUGUGGGCAGCAGCUGGCAGAAGUGGUGGAGCUGUUGCAGAGGCAUGACCUGCUGGAGGCCCAAGUCUCGGCCCACGGAGCCCAUGUGAGCCAUCUUGCCCAGCAGACAGCAGAGCUGGACUCCUCCCUGGGCACCAGUGUGGAGGUGCUGCAGGCCAAGGCCAAGACACUGGUCCAGCUCCACCAGAGCCUGGUGGCUCUUGUCAGGGCCCGGCGGGCCCUGCUGGAGCAGACCCUACAGCGGGCAGAGUUCCUGUGCAACUGUGAAGAGGAGGAAGCCUGGCUGAAGGAGUGCGGACAGCGGGUGGGGAAUGCGGUCCUGGGCCGGGAUCUCAGCCAGAUCGCAGGCACCCUGCAGAAACACAAGGCCCUGGAAGCUGAGGUCCACCGCCACCAGGCCGUGUGCGUAGAUCUCGUGCGGAGGGGACGCGACCUCAGCGCCCGCAGCCCUCCUUGGUGGUUUGGACUCAUCACUGCCUCAGACUGCCUUCUGACACCCCUUGCUCAGUUCAUUGAGCCCCCAAAGUUCUUUAAAACACACACGCUGCCCUCUGUCACACAGGUGAAGUCUGCCCUGAGCCCUCCAGGAGAAAGCCUGAGGAACCCAGGGCCCUGGAGUGAGGCUUCCUGCCACCCUGGGGAUGCCUGGAACACGGCGCUCCCAGCUGAGCCUGACCCUGACUUUGAUCCCAACACCAUACUCCAGACACAGGACCACUUGGGUCAGGACUAUGAGAGUGUGCGGGCCCUGGCAGAGCGCCGCAGGGCCCGGCUGGAGGAGGCCAUGGCCCUGUUUAGCUUCUGCAGUUCCUGUAGGGACCUCCAGUUGUGGCUGGAGAAGCACACAGCGCUGCUCCAAAGGGUGCAGCCCCAAGCUGACAUCCUGGAAGUCACACAGCUCAAAUAUGAGAACUUCCUCACUGCCCUGGCUGUGGGAAAGGGCCUCUGGGCUGAGGUCAGCAGCUCUGCUGAGCAACUGAGGCAGAGAUAUCCUGGGAACUCCACACAAAUCCAACGACAACAGGAGGAACUGAGCCAGAGGUGGGGGCAGUUGGAGGCCCUGAAGAGGGAGAAGGCCGUGCAGCUGGCGCACAGUGCGGAAGCGUGGAGUUUUCUGCAGGAGUGUGGACCCACACAGGUCCAGCUGCGAGACGUGCUCCUCCAGCUGGAAGCCCUGCAGCCGGGGAGCUCAGAGGACACCCGCCACACCCUGCAGCUGGCCCAGAAGACGACCCUGGUGCUGGAGAGGAGGGUCCACCUCCUCCAAAGGGUGGUCAUAAAGGUCGAGGAGUCAGGCCACACAGAGAGCCAGCCUCUGCAAGGACAGGUGGAGACACUGCAGGGGCUGCUGAAGCAAGUACAGGAACGAGUGGCCCAACAGGCCCGGGGCCAGGCUGAGGCUCAGGCCCGGCAGAGCUUCCUGCAAGAGAACCAGGAACUGCUACUGUGGGCAGAGAGUGUCCAGGCUCAGCUGCGCAGCAAGGAGGAGUCGGUGGAUGUGGCCUCGGCUCAGCGGCUGCUGAGGGAGCACCAAGACCUGCUGGAGGAGAUCCACCUGUGGCAGGAGAGGCUGCAGCAGCUGGACGCUCAGAGCCAGCCCAUGGCAGCCUUGGACUGCCCAGACUCCCAAGAGGUGGCCAACACUCUGAGGCUCCUGGGGCAGCAGGGCCAGAAACUGAAGGCUGUGUGGGAGCAGAGGCAGCAGUGGCUGCAAGAGGGGCUGCAGCUGCAGAAGUUUGGCCGAGAAGUGGAUGGUUUCACUGCCACCUGUGCCAACCACGAGUCCUGGCUGCACCUGGACAACCUUGGGGAGGACGUGAGGGAGGCCCUGAGCCUGCUGCAGCAGCACCGGGAAUUUGGGCGGCUCCUGAGCACCCUGGGGCCUCGGGCAGAGGCUCUGCGGGCACGCGGCGAGAAGCUGGUUCGCAGCCAGCACCCAGCUGCACACAUGGUCAGAGAGCAACUGCAGAGUGUCCAGGCACAGUGGACCAGGCUCCAGGGCAAGAGUGAGCAGAGGAGGAGGCAGCUGCUGGCUUCCCUCCAGCUCCAGGAGUGGAAGCGGGAUGUGGCGGAGCUGAUGCAGUGGAUGGAGGACAAGGGGCUGAUGGCGGCACAUGAGCCCUCCGGAGCGCGCAGAAACAUUCUGCGGACACUCAAGCGGCACGAAGCAACUGAGAGCGAGCUUCUCGCCACCCGCAGACACGUGGAGGCCCUGCAGCAGGUCGGCAGAGAGCUGUUCAGUGGGAGGCCCGGUGGCCAGGAGGACAUACAGACUAGGCUUCAAGGCCUGAGGAGCAGGUGGGAAGCCUUGAACCGCAAGAUGACUGAGCGUGGGGACGAGCUCCGGCAGGCUGGACAGCAGGAGCAGCUCCUGAGGCAGCUGCAGGAUGCAAAGGAGCAGCUAGAGCAGCUCGAGGGGGCCCUGCAGGGCUCAGAAACGGGGCAGGACUUGCGCUCCAGCAGGAAGCUGCAGAAACGGCACCACCAGCUAGAGAAUGAGAGCCGGACCCUGGCCGCCAAGAUGGCUGCCCUCGCCUCCCAGGCCCGUAUCGUGGCCGCCUCCCCGGCCAUCCUGGAAGAGACCCAGAAGCACCUCCGGAGGCUGGAGCUUCUGCAGGGGCAUCUGGCCAUCCGGGGCCUGCAGCUGCAGGCCUCAGUGGAGCUGCACCAGUUCUGCGACCUGAGCAACAUGGAGCUCUCAUGGGUGGCUGAGCACAUGCCCUGCAGCAACCCCACCAGCUAUGCCGAGUGCUUGAAUGAUGCCCAGAGCCUUCACUGCAAGCACAAGGAGCUCCAGGUGGAGGUAAAAGCUCACCAGGGGCAGGUGCAACGGGUGCUGAGUUCUGGGCGGAGCCUGGCAGCUUCAGGGCACCCCCAAGCCCCACACAUCAUGGAGCAGUGCCAGGAGCUGGAAGACCGCUGGGCAGAGCUGGAGAGGGCAUGUGAGGCGCGGGCCCGGUGUCUGCAGCAGGCUGUCACUUUCCAGCAGUACUUUCUGGAUGUGUCAGAGCUGGAGGGCUGGGUGAAGGAGAAGCAGCUGCUGGUGAGCAGUCAGGACUAUGGCAGAGACGAGGCAGCCACCCUCAGGCUCAUUAAGAAGCACCAGGCUCUACGGGAGGAACUAACCAUUUACUGGAGCUCCAUGGAGGAGCUUGACCAGAGAGCCCAAACCCUCACUGGCCCUGAAGCCCCUGAGCAGCAGCGUGUGGCGCAGGAGAGGCUCCGGGAGCAGCUGCAGGCACUGCAGGAGUUGGCGGCCACACGGGACCGGGAACUGGAGGGGGCCCUGAAGCUGCACGAGUUCCUGAGGGAGACCGAGGACCUGCAGAGCUGGCUGGCACGCCAGAAGCAGGCGGCCAAAGGAGGGGAGAGCCUGGGGGAGGACCCCGAGCACACCCUGCACCUCUGCACCAAGUUUGCAAAGUUUCAGCGCCAAGUGGAGAUGGGCGGCCAGCGGGUGGCCGCCUGCCGGCUGCUGGCGGAGAGCCUGCUAGCGCGUGGGCACAGUGCUGUCCCCAUGGUGCGUCAGAGGCAGCAGGAUCUGCAGGCCACCUGGUUGGAGCUGUGGGAGCUGACCCAGGCCCGAGGCCACGCGCUCCGAGAUGCCGAGACCACCCUCAGAGUUCACAGAGAUCUCUUGGAAGUCCUCACCCAGGUCAAGGAGAAAGCCGCGAGCCUCCCCAACAAUGUGGCACGGGACCUGCGUGGGCUGGAGGCCCAGCUGAGGAGCCACCAGGGGCUGGAGCGAGAACUCGUGGGCACCAAGCAGCAGCUGCAGGAACUGCUGGAGACUGCAGGCAGGGUGCAGAAGCUGUGCCCGGGGCCUCAGGCCCAUGCGGUGCAGCAGAGGCAGCAAGCUGUGAUGCAGGCGUGGGCAGCGCUGCAGCGCCGCGUGGAGCAACGCAGGGCCCAGCUGGAGCGGGCACGCCUCCUGGCCCGCUUCCGCACAGCGGUGCGCGACUACGCCUCCUGGGCAGCCCGCGUGCGCCAGGACCUCCAGUUGGAGGAGAGCUCGCCAGAGCCCAGCCGUGGCCCGCUGAAGCUCAGUGCCCACCAGUGGCUCCGGGCGGAGCUGGAGGCCCGGGAGAAGCUGUGGCAGCAGGCCACCCAGCUGGGCCAGCAGGCACUCCUGGCUGCAGGGACACCCACCAAGGAGGUCCAAGAAAAGCUUCGAGCCCUGCAGGACCAGCGGGACCAGGUGUAUCAGGCCUGGGCGCGGAAGCAAGAGAGGCUGCAGGCUGAGCAGCAGGAGCAGCUCUUCCUCAGAGAGUGCGGCCGCCUGGAGGAGAUCCUCGCGGCCCAGGAGGUCUCCCUGAAAACCAGUGCCUUGGGGGGCUCGGUGGAAGAGGUAGAGCAGUUGAUUCGCAAGCAUGAGCUCUUCCUGAAGGUUCUGACUGCCCAGGACAAGAAGGAGGCAGCCCUGCGUGAGCGGCUGAAGACGCUCCGGCACGCCCAGGUGCAGGACCUGCUUCCUGCCCUGCUGCAGCGCCGGGUGAGAGUGAAGGAGCUGGCGGAGAGCCGGGGACACGCCCUGCACGCCUCCCUGCUGAUGGCCAGCUUCACCCAGGCCGCAACCCAGGCUGAGGACUGGAUCCAGGCAUGGGCCCAGCAGCUGAAGAAGCCGAUCCCUCCUGGGGACCUGAGAGAUAAGCUGAAGCCCCUGCUGAAACACCAGGCCUUUGAGGCUGAAGUCCAGGCCCAUGAGGAGGUCAUGACCUCUGUUGCCAAGAAGGGAGAGGCUCUCCUGGUACAGAGCCACCCUCGAGCGGGAGAGGUCUCCCAGCGGCUGCAGGGCCUUCGGAAGCACUGGGAGGACCUGAGGCAGGCAGUGGCCCUCAGGGCCCAGGAGCUGGAGGACAGGCGGGACUUCCUGGAGUUCCUGCAGAGAGUGGACCUCGCAGAGGCCUGGAUCCAGGAGAAGGAGGUGAUGGUGAAUGUUGGUGACCUGGGCCAGGACCUGGAGCACUGCCUGAAGCUCCGACGGCGGCUUCGCGAGUUCCGAGGAACCUCGACCGGGGACACAGUGGGUGAUGCCCGCAUCAGGAGUAUCAGUGACUUGUCACUGCAACUCAAGAACCGGGACCCUGAGGAAGUCAAGAUCAUCUGCCAGCGGCGAAGCCAGCUCAACAGCAGGUGGGCGAGUUUCCAUGGCAACCUGCUCCAAUACCAGCAGCGGCUUGAAGGGGCCCUGGAAAUACACAUGUUGUCUCAAGAGCUGGACAGUGUCACCGAGAGGAUUCAGGAGAAGGAAGCCCUGCUCCAGGCCCUGGACUGCGGGAAGGAUCUGGAGAGCGUGCAGAGGCUGCUGCGGAAACACGAGGAGCUGGAGCGGGAAGUGCACCCCAUCCAGGCCCAGGUGGAGUCCCUAGAGCGUGAGGUGGGCCGCCUGUGCCAGAGAAGCCCUGAGGCAGCCCACAACCUCAGGCACAGGCAGCAGGAGGUGGCUGAGAGCUGGUGGCAGCUCCAGAGCAGGGCCCAGAAGCGGAGGGAGGCCCUGGAUGCCUUGCACCAAGCUCAGAAACUCCAGGCAACGCUGCAUGAAUUGCUGGUCGGCGCCCAGAGGCUGCGGGCUCAGAUGGACAUGAGCCCCACUCCUCGCAGCCCUGUGGAAGCCCGGCGUAUGUUAGAAGAACACCAGGAGCGCAAGGCCGAGCUGGACUCCUGGACAGACAGCAGCAGCCUGGCCCGAAGCACUGGGCAGCGACUGCUCACAGCGGAGCACCCCUCCACACCCGACAUUCGCCAGGCCCUGGCUGGCCUAGAACAGGAGCUGAGCAGCCUGGAAGGGACCUGGCAGGAGUACCAGCUACAGCUGCAGCAGGCCCUGGAGCUACAGCUGUUUCUGAGCUCCGUGGAAAAGAUAGAACAUUGGCUUAGCAGCACAGAAGACUCCCUAGCCAGUGAGGGUCUGUGGGACCCCUUAGCCCCCAUGGAGCCCCUUCUGUGGAAGCAGAAGACGCUGGAGCGGGACCUGGAGGUGCAGGCAGGAAAGAUCAGCGCUCUGGAGGCCUCGGCCCGCAGCCUGCACCAGGGUGGACACCCCGAGGCCCCGAGUGCCCUGGGCAGGUGCCAGGCCAUGCUCCUGAGGAAGGAGGCGCUCUUCAGGCAAGCCGGGACCCGCCGCCAUCGCCUGGAGGAGCUCCGGCAGCUGCAGGCCUUCCUGCAGGACUCCCAGGAGGUGGCCGCGUGGCUGAGGGAGAAGAACGUGGUGGCCCUGGAGGAGGGUUUGCUGGACACAGCCAUGCUGCCAGCACAGUUACGGAAGCAGCAGAAUUUCCAGGCGGAGCUGGACGCGAGCAGGCACCAACAGCAGGAGCUGCAGCGGGAGGGACAGAGGCUGCUGCAGGGGGGCCACCCAGCCUCGGAGGCCAUCCAGGAGCAACUGCAGGAGCUGGGAGCACUCUGGGGUGAGCUGCAAGACAACUUCCAGAAGAAGGUGGCCAAGCUCCAGAACGCCUGCGAGGCCCUGCGUCUGCGGCGGAGCAUGGAGGAACUGGAGAACUGGCUGGAGCCCAUCGAGGUUGAGCUGAGAGCCCCCAUUGGGGGCCAGGCCCUGCCUGGGGUGGGUGAGCUCCUAGGCACACAGAGGGAGCUGGAGGCAGCAGUGGACAAGAAGGCCAGGCAGGCUGAGGCACUGCUGGGCCAGGCCCAGACCUUCGUGAGGGAAGGCCACUGCCUUGCCCAAGAUGUGGAAGAGCAGGCCCAGCGGCUGCUUCAGAGGUUCAAGAGCCUGAGGGAGCCCCUGCAGGAGCGCAGGACGGCCCUGGAGGCCCGGAGCCUCCUCUUGCAGUUCUUCAGGGACGCCGAUGAGGAAAUGGCCUGGGUGCAGGAGAAGCUGCCUCUGGCCACUGCCCAGGACUAUGGCCAGAGCCUGAGUGCGGUGCAGCACCUGCAGGAGCAGCACCAGAACCUGGAGAGUGAGAUGAACAGCCAUGAGGCUCUGACCCGGGUGGUGCUGGGCACUGGGCACAAGCUGGUGCAGGCAGGGCACUUUGCCGCCCACGAGGUGGCCGCCCGGGUGCAGCAGCUGGAGAAGGCCGUGGCCCACCUGCGGGCAGAGGCGGCACGGAGACGGCUUCUGCUGCAGCAGGCUCAGGAGGCCCAGCAGUUUCUGACUGAGCUCCUGGAGGCGGGAUCCUGGCUGGCCGAGCGGGGCCACGUCCUGGACAGCGAGGACAUGGGCCACAGUGCUGAGGCCACACAGGCCCUUCUGCGGCGGCUGGAGGCCACCAAGAGAGACCUGGAAGCAUUCAGCCCACGCCUCGAGCGGCUGCAGCAGACGGCAGCACUCCUGGAGAGCAGGAAGAACCCAGACAGCCCCAGGGUGCUAGCCCAGCUGCAGGCAGUUCGGGAGGCCCACGCAGAGCUGCUGCGGAGGGUGGAGGCCAGGGGGCGUGGCCUGCAGGAGCAGCUGCAGCUACACCAGCUGGAUCGAGAGACCCUGCUCCUCGACGCCUGGCUGACCACCAAGGCAGCCACCGCUGAGUCCCAGGACUACGGGCAGGACCUGGAGGGCGUCAAGGUGCUGGAAGAGAAGUUUGAUGCUUUCAGAAAGGAAGUUCAGAGCCUGGGCCAGGCCAAGGUGCAUGCCCUGAGGAAGCUGGCAGGCACCCUGGAGCGGGGCGCACCCAGGCGCUAUCCCCACAUCCAAGCCCAGAGGAGCCGCAUUGAGGCCGCUUGGGAGAGGCUGGACCAAGCAAUAAAAGCCCGCACAGAGAACUUGGCUGCAGCCCAUGAGGUCCACAGCUUUGAGCAGGCAGCAGCCGAGCUCUGGGGAAGGAUGCAGGAGAAAACGGCCCUGAUGAAGGGAGAGGACGGAGGCCACAGCCUGUCGUCUGUGCGCACCCUGCAGCAACAGCACAGGCGCCUAGAGAGAGAGCUGGCAGCUAUGGAGAAGGAGGUGGCACGGGUGCAGACGGAGGCCUGCCGACUGGGCCAGCUACAUCCUGCGGCUCCAGGGGGCCUGGCCAAGGUGCAGGAGGCCUGGGCCACUCUGCAGGCAAAGGCCCAGGAGCGAGGCCAGUGGCUGGCGCAGGCUGCACAGGGCCAUGCCUUCCUCGGGCGCUGCCAGGAACUGCUAGCAUGGGCACGAGAGAGGCAGGAGCUGGCAUCCUCUGAGGAGCUGGCUGAGGACGUGGUGGGGGCUGAGCAGCUCCUUGGGCAGCAUGAAGAGCUGGGGCAGGAAAUCAGGGAGUGCCGCCUUCAAGCCCAGGACCUGCGGCAGGAAGGACAGCAGCUGGUGGACAACAGCCACUUCAUGUCCCCGGAGGUGACAGGGUGUCUGCAGGAGCUGGAAGGGCGGCUGCAGGAGCUGGAGGCGGCCUGGGCCCUGCGCCGGCAACGCUGUGCCGAGAGCUGGGGUCUGCAGAAGCUUCGGCAGAGGCUGGAGCAGGCUGAGGCCUGGCUGGCCUGCCGGGAAGGCCUCCUGCUGAAGCCCGACUAUGGGCACUCAGUGUCAGAUGUGGAGUUGCUGCUACACAGACACCAGGACUUAGAAAAGCUGCUGGCAGCCCAGGAAGAGAAGUUUGCCCAAAUGCAGAAGACAGAGAUGGAACAGGAGCUCCUGCUGCAGCCACAGGAGCUGAAACCUGGGAGAGCCGGCAGCUCGCUGACGUCCUUUCAGUGGAGGCCCUCUGGACACCGGGGGCCAGGAGCGCAGCUGGCUGAGACGAGGGGCCCCCAGGAUUCAAAGGGUGCCCCCACCAUGGAGGGGUCUUUGGAGUUCAAGCAGCACCUGCUGCCUGGCGGGAGGCAGCCCAGCUCGAGCUCCUGGGACAGCUGCCAUGGGACCUUGCAGGGCAACUCCCUGAGCCUUUUCCUGGAUGAGAGGAUGGCAGAGGAGAAAGUAGCUUGCCUGGCCCUACUUGACCUCAUGGGAGCCCGGUGUGAGAGGCUGCAGGGCCGCCACGGCAGGAAACACACAUUCUCCUUAAGGCUGACCAGUGGGGAAGAGAUCCUGUUUGCAGCACCGUCUGAAGAGCAGGCUGAGAGCUGGUGGCGAGCCCUGGGCAGCACUGCAGCCCAGAGUCUGAGCCCGGAACUCAAAGCCAAACCUGUCAGCUCUCCGAAUGAGUGCGCGACCGAGGAUGCCCGGCCUGGACAUCUACUCAGGUCUGAUCCCUGAGGUGAACCCCAGGGCAACACCAAACUUCAGGGCCACAAGCGAGGACGCGUCUAGGGGACCAGAAUGAGACCCAGCCACAGGCAAAAGGGCUCUUUCCCGUGGCUGCUUCAACCCAGUUCCCCAGGCCCAGCUUCUGGAAUAGACAGUUCCUUGUUAUGAGAUGGCUCCCACCAUGUGGCAGGAAACAGCCAUUGCCUGGCCUCCCCCUGCACUCCUGUCUGGGUGAAGAGGAGACGUGUUCCAGCAGAGCAGGUGGGCAAGGCCAGGGCUACCCCAGGCCCACGUGGCCGCCUCCUUGCUUGGAGGGGUGACUGAGCACAGGUGGAUGUGGACGUGUGCAGAGAAUCUACUCUUCGGAGGAAGCCCACGCCGAUGAGCGAGCUCUGUACCAGCCCUUGCCACGUACAGCCAAAAGCCUAGAAUGACAUGGCCCCUUCUCCGCAGUAAUAACAGCUGGUCUCAGAUAGCGCCUCA